AUGCACAUAGUGAUUCCAGAUCAAGAACUUCGUGAAAUGUUCCGUAGGCACGACAAGGACAUGUCCGGAUUCAUAAGCAAGGAUGACGUGCUGUGUAUGCUUCUUGGAGCCGAUAAAGAUGAGCAGAAGGACCCGCUUUUUAAAACUCAUUUGAAAUUCCUCAUCAAUGUGAUCAAGUCGGCUGACAAAGACGGUGACAUGAAGAUUAGUUUUGAUGGUGAGUCUUCCUAG